UGCACGGGGUAGGAUUAGGUGCAUAAAUAAUACACAAAAAAAACAUUAUUGGUUAAUUUAUUUAUUAUAUAAAGUCCCACCAAAAUUCACGCCAUCUUUUUUCCUUCCUUCUUCCUCCUCCACAAUUACAACAAUCUCAGAUCUCACCGACGAUAACAAACAACAAUUCAACCCAAAUUCACCCAAAAUUUCCGCCAUGGAUCUCCAACCUGAAGAACUUCAAUUCCUUAGCUUAACAGACAUCAUCAAAGAAGCAAUUUCAAUCCCAAAACAAUCUCCUCGAACCUUCUAUCUCCUAACCCUAGCUUUGAUUUUCCCUCUUUCUUUCGCCAUUUUAGCUCAUUCCUUGUUCACUCACCCAAUUCUAGCUCGUCUUCAAGAUCCCACAACACCCCUUCAAGCUCAAUCCCAUGAAUGGUUUCUUCUCCUUCUCUUCCAGUUCUGCUACCUUCUCGUUCUCUUCACUUUCUCUCUCCUCUCUACUGCUGCUGUUGUUUUCACCGUUGCUUCGCUAUAUACGUCGAAGCCUGUUUCCUUCUCCUCCACCAUUGCUGCGAUUCCUUCCGUGUUUCGCCGCCUUUUCAACACCUUUUUGUGGGUUUCGCUUCUUAUGCUCUUGUAUAAUCUUGCUUUCAUCAUUCUCUUGGUUUUGAUCAUUGUUGCUGUUGAUACCGACAGUACUUUUCUCUUGUUCUUCUCGAUUUUGUUGGCGUUCGCUCUCUUCCUAUUUGUGCAUGUGUAUAUCACUGCGCUCUGGCAUCUCGCUAGUGUUGUUUCUGUCCUCGAGCCGAUUUACGGCUUCGCGGCGAUGAAGAAGAGCUACGAGCUUCUCCAAGGGAAGGUAUUGAUGGCAGGGGUAUUCGUAUUCGGGUACCUGUUGAUUUGUGGGCUGAUUAGUGGGACUUUUGCCGCGAUUGUGGUUCAUGGUGAUUCGAAUAAGUCGGUUUUUGUUCGGAUUUUGGUUGGGGGAUUUCUUGUUGGGGUUCUUGUGAUUGUGAAUUUGGUGGGUUUGUUGGUUCAGAGUGUGUUUUACUAUGUUUGCAAGAGUUAUCAUCAUCAAGGAAUUGACAAAACUGCCCUUCAUGAUCAUCUUGGUGGGUACCUUGGGGAGUAUGUGCCUCUCAAGAGUAACAUCCAAUUAGAGAGUCUUGAUAUUUGAUAAGAAAAGGGUGAUUGCAUGUUGAAGUUGUGUAGAUUUUUUUUUUUUUUUGAAUUUGUUGUAUAAAUGGGAAGCAGAAUGAGAGAUUAUAUGGAGCUGGAUGCUGUCUGUAAGUUUCGCUUUCGGUUUUUGAUUUAAUUAGUACAAUAAUAUGUUUUAUUAUCAUCCUCCUCCUUGUUGUUGUGACAUUAUUUGGAUGUGAAAUGAAAUGAGCAUUAGUUCAAAAAAUAUACAAUCAAGUAGUA